UCUUUCUAUCUUAGCUCCUCGUUUGCACAUUUCGGCUGCCGCCGCCGCCAGCACCACCUUCGGUAUUCGGCUUUCGCCAUUAAUUUUCCUUCUCGUGACCCUUUAGAGGGUGAAGUUCAGCAAUGGCAGGGAAAGCUGCAAAAUCCGCUGUAAAGGCGAUUGGGGAGUACCAGUACCCGUGGCGUGAGAAGUUGGUGAAGUACAAGGAUGAGUUGUCCAAAGGGGUUUGGGGUUACUGGCACUUGGGGGCAUGGAAGCCGCUCGGCAUUAGUGCGCGUCAACGAGCCAGGCUUCGCAAGGAGGUCCUUUUAGCUGGGGAAGAUUGGCCUUAUGAUCCGGAGAGGAAGGAGAUGAGGACAAAGAGGAAAGGGCACAAGGUCGACAAGAUAGCUGCAGAGAAGCGGGAGAACACCGCGAGGUUGAUGGAAAAGAUGCCAGAGAUGUUGCUUGCGUACAAGAAGCGUAGGUGGGAGAAGAAGAUGAAGGAAGAUGACAAGGACAAAACUUGAAUUUUGGUCAUUGCAGUUGAAUUGAAACUUUGUAGUGGAGGAAAAUUUUUGUUUGUAGUUUCAUGAACUUGGUAUUUGCUCUGCCUUGGUUUUGUGUUUGAUAAUAAUCAUAUUUGUAGAAACACUUGUUUUCACAAGAUGUAAAAUUCAACAAGAUCGUUUCCAUUUAGUAGCA